GUAAUUGAAGAAAGCUACAAGCUUCCUACUCCUUGUCAUCUCUCUAUUUUUAGUCAUCAAACUUGAUAAACAGCAACAACAAACAAACAAACAAGAGCAAGGACAAAAUGGCUUCUCCUUCCCUUCAUCUUCUCCUUCUUUUUUCUUUUCUCUGCAUCUCUCUUCCUGUCAAAUGUGAUACUGAUGAGGAGGAAACACUUCUUCAGGGCAUUAACAAGUAUAGGACAUCCUUAAACUUGACAGCUUUGACAAAAAAUGAAAAUGCAGAGUGCCUGGCUUAUGAAUUUGCUGAUCAAUUUAAGAAUCAACCCUGUACAAACUCUACAGGUGCUAACACUGUGUCAGGCAGUGAGCCUCAGCUUCCCAACUACCCAAACCUUUUAGCGAAGUGCCAUUUAAAUAUCUCCAACACAAAGGGUGGAAAUAUCAUGCCUGCUUGCGUUCCCGGCCUAACUCCAAGUCUUGUGCUCUCAAACUUCACGCAGUCUCAGUACUCAGAGAGUCUCAAUGACACCAAGUAUACAGGAGUUGGUAUUGGUUCUGAAGGUAACUGGAUUGUUGUUGUUUUGAGCACGAGCACACCUGAUGGGAGCUAUGUGACAGAUAAUUCAGCCAGUUUGCUUUCCAAGAUUAGUUUCACUUACUACUUACUGUUUUCACUGAUGGGUGCUCUAGUGAUGUUCUGAAGUGCAGUUAAUGGCUCUUCUUCCUUGAGUAUCUUUGUUUGACCGUUCCAACUUAAAGGGGCAAUAUUAGAAUACAGAGAUGGUUUAGACCCUUCAACAAAACAGGAAACACGACAUUAUCAAAUGUGACCGGUUUUUGCUAUUCUUGAGUAUUGAUAAAUUCAUUUUAUUAUUUACUUUUAUAUUCAUGUUCUGAAUGAUGGAGGAAUGUCAGAGAGGCUAACUCAGUGGAGCAGAAUCUGUAUUUGAAAUCGUUAUCUGAGUUUCGAACUUUUCAAGUUUGUAGUGGGGAUGGGGGAUAAGACAAUCUAUUGCUAUUUUCUUUA